UUAGUGAUGACGUCGGUGUGUCUCGGAAGAUGUAGCUAAAACUUCAGAAAUAUUACGCGUUGUGUUUGUUUGUUUUUUUAAAGUUAAUAUCAACACGUGUUUACAAAUGCGUAGUACAUAUUAUAAGCCCCAGAAUGGCACAAACUGCAAAUAUGCCAAAUUAAAAGGUUCGGGUCAGAUUAAACCAGACCCUGCUGGCUCAGACAUGCCUCAGAAACCACAGAAGAGCUCUCAGACUGCACACUACAUCGAGCUGGGAAGUUAUCAGUACUGGCCUGUACUGGUGCCCAGAGGUAUCAGGCUGUACACAUACGAGCAGAUCCCCCCGUUUCUGAGGGAGAACCCCUACAUCACAGAUGGAUACAGGGCAUACUUGCCCUCCAGGCUGUGCAUCAAAAGCCUCUUCAUCCUGUCCAAUGAGACGGUGAACAUCUGGAGCCAUCUCCUGGGCUUCCUCCUCUUCUUCUGUCUUGGGGUGUACAACAUGGCCUCGGUGCUGCCGGCUGUUGGCGCCUCCAGAGAGGAUUAUGUCAUCUACUCCAUUGGACUCUUCUGCUUUCAGCUGUGUAUGCUGUGCUCGAUGGGUUACCACCUGUUCUGCUGCCAUCGCUCAGAGAAGACCAGCCGCCGCUGGAUGGCGCUGGAUUACGCCGGUGUUUCCAUCGGCAUCCUGGGCUGCUACGUCCCCGGAGUCUUCUACACCUUCUACUGUAAUAACUACUGGCGGCAGGUGUACCUGGUGACGGUCCUCGCCAUGAUCCUGGCUGUGUUCUUCGCUCAGAUCCACCCUCAUUAUCUCAGCAAGCAGUGGAAGCAGCUGCGCUCGAUCAUCUUCUGCUCGGUGACCGGGUACGGCCUCAUCCCCACCGUCCACUGGAUCUGCCUCACGGGAGGUUUCUCCUCUGAACUCGUCCAGGCGUUUGUUCCUCGGGUCCUGGUGAUGUACUUCAUUGCAGCACUGGCUCUCAUUUUCUAUGUUUCCAAAGUUCCUGAGCGGUACUUCCCAGGUCAGCUGAACUACCUGGGCUCCAGCCAUCAGGUUUGGCACUUGCUGCUAGUGCUCAUGUUUUACUGGUGGCACCAAUCAACAGGCUUCAUCAUGGCGUACAGGCACAGUCAGCCAUGCCCCAACACCCCCCAACACGCCUAGAUCGCUGCUCAGCACGCCAGGACUGCAGCUCCGAUGAACCGUCGUCUGCAGAGACUCUGUUCUGGUCUCGGUCCAUCAGUUUCCUCACAGAUGGACUCUCUAACCUGUGAGUCUCUGUGAUGAGGGAGGAAGAAUAAAUCCAGCGUGUGACGUGACGUUCGAGUACUUCAAGCUAAUAAGAAACAAUACGGACCUCUGCGUCGGACUGACAGCUCACCUGAAAUCACUCAGACUGUCACCUUUAUAAACUCCUUGAGGACUUAAUGUUUGUGUGUAAACCGCAGACAGCACUGAAGGAACGGGUUGGUAAUGUUAGUUUUUCUGCCUGGAAAUGAACCCGUGUCCAGCUGUUUUUAAAGGUUGAAAGCUGCUUCAUCUGAGAGCAGAUUCAGGCUCGUCCCUGAAAAAGGAAAUGAACUAAUGUCAGUAUUAUUAUACUACGAGUAAACAGACUCCAGAUUUCUGAUAUCUUCUUUAAAAACAGACUCUGAAGUCUUUGUUAGUGG